GUUAUGCCUAAGAUUGUUUCAACAAGCAGUUCUGAUGAGAAGCACUUUGCCCGUGCAGGGAUCAACAUAAUUAGCUAUUACAGCAUACACAGACAGACAUGUACCGCUGCAUUAUAAGGAGUGUGUGUAGUGGAGGAAGAGUGUGUCCUGCCUUGGUGUCUCCUUACACCCAGUCACCAUCAUGGACGCUGAGAAUCACACCAGAGGAGAGACAUCACAGGCGACCUGAGCAUUGUUGGCGAUGUUCAGUCCGCAGCAUGAGCUCUGCAGUCAGGAAGAGGACAUCUCUGCGCAGCGCCUUUCCGGUGCUGGAGCAGCCUCUCGAGCCCAUCCAUCAUCGUGUGUAUGAAGCUAACCUCCAAAACAGCAAGGCCUGCCACAACAAGUACAAAGAGUUCAGUGAAAAGAUAAGGAAAGGUGGAGGGGAGAAAGCCAUAGCCAGACACACUCAGAGACACGGGAAAUUGCUGGUAAGGGAUCGGUUGCGCCUCCUGCUGGAUGAUGAGGACUUCCUGGAGCUGUCUCCAUUCGCUGGUCUCGGUCUGCCGUACGGGGACAUCCCUUCAGCCGGCUGCCUGACUGGCAUUGGCAGGAUCAACGGCCUGUGGUGUGUGUUUAUUGCCAACGAUGGCACAGUAAAAGGUGGCACAGCCUAUCCUAUCACAGUGAAGAAGCAGCUACGAGCACAGGAAAUAGCAAUUCAGAACCGCCUGCCCUGUGUUUAUCUGGUUGACUCUGGAGGAGCUUUUCUACCACUGCAGUCAGAGAUCUUUCCCGAUAAGAACCAGGGAGGACGGACGUUCUAUAACGAAGCCAUCAUGUCUGCCAUGAAGAUCCCACAGGUGGCGGUGGUGUGCGGCUCAUGCACGGCCGGUGGAGCUUACAUCCCCACCAUGGCAGAAGAGACAGUGAUGGUGCACCAGAUAGGUACCAUAUUCCUGGGAGGACCGCCACUUGUAAAGGCCGCCACUGGAGAGGAAGUCACACCAGAAGACCUGGGAGGAGCCAGGCUUCAUGCUGAAGUGAGUGGCUGUGUGGACCAUUUUGCCUGGGAAGAAAAGGAGGCAUUAGUUUACACCAGAAACAUUGUGUCCACCUUCAACUUCCAACUGCCCGAGGAAGAGGAGGAGGAUGAGGAGAAGACGAGAAGGAGGAAAGCUGAGGAGGAGCCGCUGUAUAAUUCAGUGGAGCUUCUGGGGCUGGCUCCUAAAAGUUCUAACUACAGCCUGGAUGUUAAAAUGGUGGUCAGUCGGCUGACAGACGGGGGUCGCUUCCAGGAGUUUAAAGCUCGCUAUGGAACCACACUCAUCACUGGAUUUGCAAAGAUACAUGGGCAUCUGGUGGGAAUAGUGGCCAACAACGGAGAGCUGUCAUACCAGGCCGCACUGAAAGGAUGCCAUUUUGUCCAGUUGUGUGACCAAAGAGACAUCCCCCUCCUCUUCCUCCAGAACACAGAACCAACAGUAGCUAUAACACUCUCCACAACGCAGGCAGACGUGAACAGUAACCGUCUGAAGGCUCAGGGUUCAAUGAUGUCAGCAGUAGCGUGUGCGUCCGUCCCCAAAAUCACUGUGGUGAUUGGUGGUUGCCAUGGUGCUGACAGCUACGCUAUGUGUGGGCGGGCAUUUGACCCUAAUUUCCUGUUCCUGUGGCCCAACGCCAAAGUGUCGAUGGCGGCUCCGGGUCACGCUGGCUCCCUGCUUCCCCCUGACAGUGAGCAGGAGGAGGAGGAGGAGAGGAAGCUCGAGGAUAAGCUCAAUAGGAAACUGGAGGAGGAGAGCUCAGCUUUCUUCUCCUCCGGCAGGCUCUGGGACGAUGGAGUCAUUCUGCCUCAGGACACCAGGAAGGUUCUCGGAAACUGCCUGGACAUCAUCAAACAGCAGCAGUAUCAGGUUUCCACGGAGAAACUACAAUCACCACUUCUGCGUAUAUAGAGGCUGCAUUCUUUCCUCUUCUCACGUCCUCUGGACAAAACAUCUGUCCAAUAAGCUGCUGUUUUUAAUCAGUCUGGUUGCUGUAGACCAUUGUGUUUAUGCAACAAGACUCCAGUGACAGAAACAGUAUAGAAGUUAGAGAAGUAUAGAAGUUUAACUUUCAGUUGAGUUCCAUGUUGUAAAAUAUUCUGAAUAUAUAGCACUUACACUGAUCUCUUUUAAGGGGCUAAAAUGUAUUGAUGCUGAUCUCGGUCCACAUCAGUACAUCACUUUGCUCCCUUGCCAGUACUUCAGUCUGUUUUUUUCAAACUGGGGGCAUGCCGACAGCCAUCUACUUUCUACGCUAACUAUGGAUAAGUGCCUCAUACAACUUCAAAACACUCGAGAUAUCUCUUUGAAUAACAUACAAUUAAAUUCAAAUUAUUGCCAUUCCUUGUCCGUUUCCAGUUUGGACCCACAAUAUUAAAUCUACUCUCUUGGAUUGGGUGCAUUUAAUAGGACAUGUGAUGAUAUUGGAGCUGCUCUGUACACAGUGCCUUGCAGAAGACUGCAUUGUCAAAAAGGUUUGCUACAAAGAUAAUCAUGUGUGAUGUAUAUGUAGAUAUAGUCAUUCUCACAGUUAUGUUAGGUUAUUGUUCUUGUGUGAAAAGGUAGGUCUGACCUUGACCAGCACACAAGGACCCAUUGCUACAACACAUGUUGUGUGUGUGUGUGUGUGUAUAUAUAUAUAUAUAUAUAUAUCUCAUAGGUGCUUUAACAUGUAGCACUGAUUUAUUUUCGUUGUAACAUUUGUUUUUGUCAAUUAUAAAUGUAAAUGAAUCAUUGUAAUGACGUUUUGUUAUUUAUAUACAAGAGAAUUAAGAAAUGGAAAUGCAGUGUGUUUUUAAUCAUUUUUACUGGGAUGAUUUCACAAG